UCGACUCCUCGUUGGGAUGAAUGGAUAAAUGGCGGGCAUUCUCUUGCCUCACUGUGGCGCGCUUCUAGGGCGAAGUAUUUCGUGGCGAUUGGAGGAAGAGCGACGGCGCCAGAGAGGAGAUGGAAGGCGCUGUUGGCGCCGUCGGCGAUUUGGAUGUUGUUGCGUGUUCCAUCUUCCAAGCUUGGCCACCACGCUCAAGGAAUCGUUCCAAUCGCCAGAAUGUCGACGUUUGGUGGGAACUUUUGUGCCAGUCGCGCUUGCCGUCGCAGUCUCGCACAAGCUCGGGAUUGGAUUCGAGGGCGAUAUCCUCGUCUCGAUUUUCCGGUCGUCGAUACAACUUGUGGGACUCGGCUACGCUCUCAAGUUCAUCUUCGAGGGCGAGAAGAUCUACAUGUGCUCGUUCGCCAUCCUCUUCAUGAUCCUGGUCUCUGGACAUACUGCCGGUAAGCGAUCCAAGGAGCUUCCCAAGAGCAGAAUGGUGGCGACUUUGUCACUGGCAGUCGGCGCCGCCGGGACGCUGGCGCUGAUGCUUCUCCUCAGAGUCUACGAAUUCAAAGCCCGGUAUAUCGUCCCGACUGCCGGAUAUGUGAUUGGAAACUCGAUGAGCAUCGUUGGAACCACACUGGAGAGGCUUCGUCACGACAUCUACGUCCACCAGGGACAAAUAGAACUGGCUCUUGCGCUGGGUGCCACUCCCGCGCAGGCAGUCCACCCCUACAUUCGCCGAGCAAUCCUCCAAGGAAUGGGACCGAUCGUGGACUCCCUCAAGACCGUCGGCCUGGUUUCCAUGCCUGGCUCCAUGACGGGAAUGCUCAUGGGAGGCUCGUCUCCGCUCGAGGCCGUCCAGAUGCAAAUCCAGGUCCUGUACAUGCUACUCGGCGCCUCAGCUUUGAGCUGCCUGUUCGCGUGCUCUCUAGGAUGGCGCGUACUCUUCUCCAAAAACUUCCAGCUCCAGUUUGAUGAUACUCGCGUUCUCUCUUGAAGUCUAACAACACACCUAAGGCUUCGCUCGCUCGCGCUCGCAUCGUUUUCACCACUGAUAAAAGCUCUCUUUUGUUGAAUCAAGGUGUUAGUACAAAUAAAAAGUCGAUCAGAUUUUGCUUUUUA